AGGCAUGAUGAGGAGAAAUAACAUAUUACACUAAGAAGCUAUUUUGAGCCACAUUAUUUAAAAAAAAACAUUAGUUUUUAGUUUUAUUUAUGUAUUUAUUUAUUUUUCACAAAGAUUUUAUUUUGACGAUACCAGGAUCUGAUUUGUGACCAAGAAGCGUUCUUGUUUAAAAGAAAAAAAGAAAAAAGAAGAAGCGAUUUUAUGAUUUUAAAAUAGUACUCCUUUGGUCUCUGGGAUGAAUUUAGUGUGAAACCAAUGGUGCAUCGACGGCUCCUGGCUUCUUUCAGGCUGAAUAGUUAGAGCUGAGACGACACCCGGACUGCUCCGCUUUCCCAGCAGCAAUGGACAACGCUCACACUAAAACGGUGGAAGAGGUUUUGGGUUUCUUCAGUGUCAAUGAAUCCACAGGUCUGAGCUGUGAGCAGCUGAGGAAGAACAGAGAGAAGUGGGGACCCAACGAAUUGCCUGCAGAAGAAGGAAAGUCACUUUGGGGGCUGGUCCUGGAACAGUUUGAAGAUCUGCUGGUUCGAAUCCUGCUGCUGGCUGCUUGCAUUUCUUUUACCCUGGCGUGGUUUGAAGAAGGGGAGGGAACCAUCACGGCGUUCGUUGAACCCUUCGUCAUCCUCCUCAUCCUGAUUGCUAACGCUAUCGUUGGCGUGUGGCAGGAAAGAAAUGCAGAGAACGCCAUUGAAGCUUUGAAGGAGUACGAGCCUGAAAUGGGAAAAGUUUACAGGCAGGACAAGAAAAGUGUCCAGAGAGUCCGAGCCAGAGACAUCGUUCCUGGAGACAUCGUUGAAGUUGCUGUCGGUGACAAAGUUCCUGCUGACAUCAGGUUAACGUCCAUUUGCUCCACCACGCUCAGAGUGGACCAGUCCAUUCUGACAGGAGAGUCCGUCUCCAUCAUUAAACACACUGAUCCGGUACCAGACCCCAGAGCAGUCAAUCAGGACAAGAAGAACAUGCUGUUCUCUGGUACAAACAUCGCGGCGGGUCGGGCCAUCGGGGUCGCCGUGGCAACUGGGGUGCAGACAGAGAUCGGGAAAAUCCGGGAUGAGAUGGCCUCCACCGACCCUGAAAGAACCCCUCUGCAGCAGAAGCUGGACCAGUUUGGGGAACAACUGUCAAAGGUCAUCAGCGUCAUUUGUGUGGCUGUGUGGGCCAUUAACGUCGGACACUUCAGCGACCCGGUUCACGGAGGCAGCUGGCUCAGAGGAGCUAUUUACUAUUUCAAGAUUGCUGUCGCGUUGGCUGUAGCUGCCAUUCCAGAAGGCCUUCCAGCUGUCAUCACUACAUGCCUGGCGCUAGGUACUCGAAGGAUGGCCAGGAAAAAUGCCAUUGUCCGCAGCCUGCCGUCAGUGGAGACGCUGGGAUGCACCUCUGUUAUAUGCUCAGACAAAACAGGAACUCUGACUACCAACCAGAUGUCUGUGUGCAGGAUGUUUAUAGUAGAGAGUGCAUCAGAGGAGCGUUGCAGCCUGAACGAGUUCACUGUGACUGGAUCUACUUAUGCCCCUGAGGGGGAAGUAUACAAGGACGACUCAGUGGUGAAAUGCAGUCAGUAUGAUGGCCUAGUGGAGAUGGCCACCAUCUGUGCUCUGUGCAAUGACUCAUCCCUAGACUACAGUGAGGCAAAGGGUGUGUAUGAGAAAGUUGGUGAGGCGACAGAGACUGCCCUCUGCUGUCUGGUGGAGAAAAUGAACGUGUUUGAUGUGGAUCUCAAAGGACUGAGCCGUGCUGAGAGAGCCACAGCCUGUUGUUCUGUGAUUAAACAGCUGAUGAAGAAGGAGUUGACACUGGAGUUUUCCAGAGACAGGAAGUCCAUGUCUGUUUUCUGCUUCUCCAACAAACACGCCCAGUCUGCCUCCGGAGCCAAGAUGUUUGUAAAGGGCGCUCCAGAGAGCCUGCUGGAGCGCUGCAACCACGUCCGUGUCAGCGGUUCCGGUCGUGUUCCUCUGAGCCCGGCUGUUCGAGAGCAGCUCCAGUCCACCAUACGGGGCUGGGGUUCUGGACGGGACAUGCUGCGCUGCCUCGCCAUGGCAACCAGGGACUCGCCGCCGGAAAUUCGCUCCCUCAACCUGGAGAACACGGCAACCUUCGCUGACUAUGAGUCGGACCUGACCUUUGUGGGCUGUGUGGGGAUGCUGGACCCCCCGAGGCAGGAGGUCCGCGGAGCUGUUCAGAUGUGUCGACAGGCCGGCAUACGGGUCAUCAUGAUCACAGGGGACAACAAGGGGACGGCGCUGUCCAUCUGCAGGCGAGUGGGCAUCAUCACCGAGCAGGAGGAGGAGCAGGAGGGCGUGGGAGGAUACGGCGGCCUGACGGGCCGAGAGUUCGAUGAGUUGUCCCCUGACCUUCAGCGCCAGGUCUGCCGGACGGCGCGGUGCUUCGCCCGGGUGGAGCCGGCCCACAAAAGCCGCAUCGUGGAAUAUCUGCAGAGCCUGAACGACAUCACUGCCAUGACGGGGGAUGGAGUCAACGACGCGCCGGCUCUGAAGAAGGCGGAGAUCGGCAUCGCGAUGGGCAGCGGCACGGCCGUAGCCAAGUCGGCCGCGGAGAUGAUCCUAGCCGACGAUAACUUCUCCACCAUCGUGGCGGCGGUGGAGGAAGGCCGAGCCAUUUACAACAACAUGAAGCAGUUCAUCCGAUACCUCAUAUCGUCCAACAUCGGAGAAGUCGUCUGUAUUUUCCUGGCCGCUGCACUGGGCAUGCCCGAAGCGCUGAUCCCGGUCCAGCUGCUGUGGGUCAACCUGGUCACCGACGGUUUCCCGGCAACAGCGCUGGGAUUCAACCCGCCGGACUUGGACAUCAUGUCUCGUCCUCCGCGCUCUCCCAAAGAGCCGCUCAUCUCCAGCUGGUUGUUCUGCCGCUACCUCAUCAUCGGAUGUUACGUGGGAGCCGCCACCGUCGGAGCUGCAGCCUGGUGGUUCAUGGCGGCUCAUGACGGCCCAAAACUUUCCUUCUACCAGCUGUCCCAUUACCUGCAGUGCAGUGAAGAUCACGCCAAGUUUAGCGGUGUGCAGUGUUCGGUGUUCGAGUCGCCGUAUCCCAUGACGAUGGCGCUGUCUGUGCUGGUUACCAUAGAAAUGUGCAACGCCUUGAACAGUCUGUCAGAGAACCAGUCCCUGCUGAAAAUGCCUCCGUGGUCCAACCCGUGGUUGGUGGGCGCCAUCUGCCUCUCUAUGGCGCUUCACUUCCUCAUCCUGUACGUCGACCCACUGCCGAUGAUCUUCCAGAUCCGGCCGCUGUCCUGGACUCAGUGGGUCGUGGUUCUGAAGCUGUCGCUGCCCGUCAUCCUGAUGGACGAGGCGCUCAAGUUCUUGGCCCGCAACUACAUCGAGCCGGGAAACCAGUCAGUGGAGGAGGAGGAGCUGCAGAGGUCAUGGGUCGGCAUGGGGCUGGUGGGUUCGAUCCCGUCGAGGCUUCGCCACGUGGUGAAGGACGUCUCCUGGUUGUUCGUUCUCUUUUCGGCGCCGCUGGUGAUCUGGAUCUUCAGCCUGGAUUCCGACAUCAACAAUAUCUUCUGGGAGUGAAACCCGAACGGAAAUCACGGAAGAGGAAAAGAAGAAGAUGGACUUCUGGAAAAAUUACUUUAAAACGUCAAGAAAAAACCCGAAGAAAAUGGUUUCCUUUGUCAUAAAGGUGCUUUGUGGAGAUUUAAAACAUUUUCUUUGAGCAAACAACCAUUUCUUGAUUCUUUUGAAUUUUUUUUGUAACAUAAAAACAGUGAGUUUUACAUAAAAUCUCUGGUUGAGUUAAACUAAUCUAAUCUAAGAUAAGCUGCCGUAUGUGUUUUAUGAUUCAAUUCAAUAUUAAACCCGAUAUAAAAAAGAACAGCACUGCAAAAACACAAAGUCUUACCAAAUAUUUUUGGUUUAGUUUCCAUCACAAAUAUUUUAGUACAUUUGAAAUUAGACAAAAAUAACUCACAAGUAAUUGUUCAGCAACAUAAAGGAGUUUGUUCUAAGUCAAUAAUUCCUUAAUAUUGAUGAAUAACUACUAGUUCCACUGACAGAUUAUUUCACUUUAUAACAUGGGAAAAUGUUUUGUUAUAAAUAAAAUUAUCUGCCAGUUGAACUAGAACUUUUUCACCGAUAUUAAGAAAUUCUCCUAUUUCUUGCUGAAAAAUUGCUUGUAAGUUAAUUUUGUUUUAUUUCAAGUGUACUAAAGUAUUUUUACUAGGAACAGGACUAAAACAUCUUGGUAUAAUGUUGUUUUUAUUGCUGUGAUGUUCCUACAAUGCUACACAGAGCACCUUUUAGAACCUGUUAAAUUUACUAAUGUAUCUGCUGAUCGUUCCUAAUACUCACGUGUAACAUCCGGACAUUUUCUGAAACAGCUGAUCUGAGACCGGUCCAGGAGGGGAAGCCCGGCCAGAUUGUGCUAGAUAAUGUAAUAAAACUCUGUGAUUAAGGCUCCUAACAUGAA